UUUUUUGGAUUGUGGAGACCAUCAGCCACAGUGGACGUGGCUAUUAUCCCUUUUAUGUUGGUCUCCACGGUAACCAGGCUCAGAUGGAGUUAGCAGCAGCAGCAGAAGCAGGUAGUGGUGGAGGUCCUGAUGGCAGUGAAGGAGGUCCUGAUGUCGGUGGAGGAGGUCCAGGGACGAUGCCAGGCCUCCGCCAUCGCUCCGGCGCCAUGAAGCGGAGGAGGAGGUGGGGAGUUUUGAGGCAGCAGUGGAAACUCUUGGGCCUGUUUGAGAUCGACCAGCAGCACGAGUUCUUCAGCCUGACCUGCAUGAUGAAGGAGGGACUGGCAGCAGCCAUCGAGAACACGGUCCACCACGCGUCCACGACUGAAGCGUCAGACGAUGACUUCAGAUCGGAGGACACCCACAUUCAUAAGGACUUCACCAUGCAGACGUUCGCAGGCCCGGUGUUCUCCAGCCUGCGUGGCUCUCUGGGACUGACAGAGCAAGAGUAUCAGCAGUCGCUCUGCUCUGAAAACUCUUACCUCCAGUUCAUCAGCAACUCAAAGAGCAAGGCUGACUUCUUCCUGACGAACGACAAACGCUUCUUUUUAAAGACCCAGAACAAACGAGAAAUCAGGUUCCUACUGGACAAUCUGAAGAUCUACAUGGAGCAUCUGAGGAGGUUUCCUCAUUCACUCCUGGUCAGGUUCCUAGGUGUUCACAGGAUUAUAAUCCCACACAGACCUAAGAAAUACUUCAUCGUUAUGCAAAGUGUCUUUUAUCCAGAUGACCGAGUCAAUGCCAGGUACGACAUUAAAGGCUGUGAGAUGAGUCGCUGGACAGAGCCUCCACCAGAGGGGAAACAUAUCAUCGUGGUUCUCAAGGAUCUCAACUUUGAAGGCCAGUACAUUGAGCUGGACCAGCAGCGUUCCUGGCUCCUGCGUCAAGUGGAGGUUGACACGCACUUCCUGCAGCAGCUCAAUGUUCUGGACUACAGUCUCCUCCUGGCUCAUCAGCCCCUGCACCGAGACGAACGCCUCCAGAACCUCUCGUUUGCUUCCCUCAUCGUCAGAACUAAAAGAUCUGUGAAUCCAGGCUCCAGCCCCGCCCUCACGGACGUAGCUGCCCCUGUCCCAGGAGAAGUCCCGGAAGAUGACUCCAUCUCACUAAUGUCAGAGAGGGACGGAGGGUGUUUGAAGAAACCGAGGCCUGGAGAUACCGCGCAGGGAAGUGACGCAGCCGAGGCUCUCGACUUCAAGGCCCAGAACCGCCGUUUGCUCCCCAACUUCAAGAAUCCUCUGCACGUCAUCGACGGGUCUGAGCAGCGCUACUUCAUCGGCAUUGUGGACAUUUUCACCGUGUACGGUAUUAGGAAGAGGCUGGAGCAUUUGUGGAAGAGGCUGAGGCAUCCAGGCCGGUCGUUCUCUACCGUCAGUCCACAGACUUACUGCGUGCGCCUGUGUCAGUGGGUACAGGAUCAUACCAAGUAGCCCAAAGCCGUGGUUCCAUCAAUAGGAACGGUCGUUCUGGUACAGUACGGUACGUACGUAAGAAUCGUACCAAAAAGUCCCAUUUUUGGAACUCUUCCCUUGUGGUACCAGAGUGGUACGGUAUGGUCAGGGUGGAACUAGACCAGUACCCUGACCCAGGGCUUUACCAUUCGAAACCGUACCACACUGUACCAAACUGAACCGUUCCAUGAUGGAAACACAGAACAAGAGUCACUCAAGCCAGUUCCAGACAUGAACUCCAAACAAUACCCGGGACAUUUAGUUUUUUGUGCACAAAAGUAGAACGCAGCAGUAUAGUGACCGGGUCACGCCUUCACACCAGCAGGAGAGUGUCCAGGUGAUGGGGGGGAGGGGCUGGGUCACACAUGCAGCAGGUAGAACACUCACUGGCUGUUCUCACGUGGGCUCAGCUGGACUUUACCUGGAGAUUAGACUGGGAAUCUGGUGGAAGAAUUUGAGGUAAAUUUCGGGGGGGGGGUGACUGUUGACGGACAUUUGUGUGCUCAAACAUAAAAGGCAUAAUGAACUAAUCAAAAUGGUUCACCAUGUUUUGUGUAAAGCUUGAGCCUCGUGUCUGGAAAUAAUGAUCUGUGCCGUAACCUGAGUCUAAUGGAUAAAGGAUGUGGAAGAGA